AUGUCGGAAAAACCAAUGCCAGAUCGACUGAUCGAAGCCAUAUUGUCAGCAGAACGACCUAAGACCCCGAGGAAAGUCUCAUUUGCAAAACCUCAAGUCUACUUUCGUUCCAUUUCCUUUCAAUCACCUUUCUACAGACCAGAAAGGGUGGACUCUGAUACCACUAUCUCUAAGACAUCUCGACGUCGUCACUCUACACCUCCUGGGCCCAUACCGCAAGGUAUCUACUGGCCAUCUCCAAUGAUGAUGAUUGGACUCUUCUGCAUUGGAAUAGUAAUCAGUGCUGUACAUCACGUGUACUACUCCUUUCUUGAUAGAAGAAGAGUUGGGGACGAUCAAGAGCAGCAACGAGCAAUCAGAUUUGGAAGUACCUUCGCACAUAUGGUUCAGACAACUCUAGUUGCCUCUGUCGGUUACAGCUUCACGCAAACAUUGUGGAAGACUCUUCGAAAGAAGAGUGUCUCCAUUAGAGCUCUUGAUGCUGCCUUCGGCGCAGACAGGAGUCCUUGGGCAUUGUGCAAUCGUGAGAUGCUGAGGAAGUUGAGAAUUGUUUCGGUCCUCGGUUUGAUAUCACAGUGCAUGCCGCUGCCAUCACUGAUCACACCUGCCACCCUCUUCGUCAUGCCGAAUGUUCAAUAUAGUUGGACUGUCGAACUUGUCCCUACGGUCAAUAUGUUCGGGUCACAGUGGAGCCAAUUCGCUUAUUCUGUGAAUGACACAGCUACUUCUCCGCUGCUCUUCCUAGGUCCGAGAACUAUCAUCUCAAGAUUGACGACGGCAACAGCAGCUCAAGGCGCCAUCUUGGACAUUGUGGCUCCCUCACCAAAUUCGUCAUACUCUCUUCACUUCUAUGGACCAGUCGUACGAUGCCAAGACGCCAACUUGAGCACUGCAAUCAUAAUUGACACCUUGAGAGAUGAGUUCGUAAGCAAUUACACAGGAAAUACCAUCGAGUAUAGCAACAAUUACUUUGCCUUCGUGCCAGAUUUCAGUAAUCUCGCCAACAAGACCUCAGCCAGUGGCGUCCAAAUAGUCGCGCAGACUCGGCUUCAAAUGCCUUCCAAUGCAAGCAAUGAGCUUUGGAUGGUCUUCUCAAGGUACGCAUGGGACAGCACUGGAAAUAGCAGCAUCGUGGAUCAUUACACCACUUGCAAGCUCUACAAUGCAUCUUACAGUGUCUGCCUAUCGUUCAUGAACGGCAUGCAGAGUAUGAAUCUGACCAACAUCACAAUGCUGAAUACUGUCGACUACCCAUCAAACAACGACUCGAUCACUGCAGCUGUUCAGCAGCAACACGCCUACUCCGCCGUGUUCUGGGCGAUGAGUGAUCUCAUCGUCGGCUCAAUGGGCAUGUUCAGGCAGUAUUUAGACGAUGGCAUAUCGACCACUUUCCCAGAAAUCACAACCGAGCUAGAACGCACGAGUCUGCUCGGGAGUUCCGACCUCGACGUCUUCUUCGAUGGCACCACUCCUCUAGACGGAAAUCAAAGCAGCAGCGAUCAGCGACAAGCGGACAUCGCUCUAGCCAAGAACCGCACCCUCGCUGCCCUCAUCGAAGAACUCUCCUCAAACAUCACUAUUUCUUUCCUCAGUAGCGAUCUCCUCUCCCCUCCAGCACAAACAAACAUAACUCACACAACCCAAAUCAACCUCUACGCCUACCACUCCCGCAAUCUCCUCUUCGCGUACUCUUUCGCGAUAACGUUCGCUCUGCUCGCUAUCCUCAUCGGCGCUUAUUCAUACUAUCAGAAUGGAUAUUCGCACAGUAAAAACUUCUCGGCGAUAUUAGCGGCGACGAGGGAUCAGGAUUUGGCAGAGCUGUUUUUUGCGGAUAUUAUGGGGAGGUUGCCGUUGCAUGCCGAUGUAGAGAGGGCGCAAUUGAGGUUUGGGAGUAUGGUUGGUGGCGGCUUGGGUUUUAGGGAAGAGCCACCGAGGAGGAGUGUGAGUGUGGGCAGUGUGGGUGUCGGUGUGGAGCAUGAGGUUGCGUGA